AAAAUAUCAACAAAGUUCUAGAUUUAUUAUAACUAAAAAAUAAAACACAAAAUUAAAACCCAGUUAUAAUAGUGUUGAAUUGAUAGCAAUGUGGACUAUUAGAGGAUCAGGAUCAUCAGCAUCGGGCUCAAGUUUACCAGUAACACUGAUUAUACUUUGUGUAAAAGAGAGAGCGCGAUUGAGUAAGCCCGAGGUAGGGGGCAAUGCACCAUGGGAAUUAUUUUGGCCACGCGCCUGCGUAUUUUAGUUUACAGUUGGAGCUUGGAAGAAAAUGGCGUCAGCUAAGUUUCUGGAGGAAGCUCUCAGCACGGACGUCGAUGAAUCCGCGGUAAACGCGAUCGUGGGCUCGCUCGAGACGCAGUUGGUAACGUCGUCGCCGGCAGUCGCGGGUCACUCUUUAGUAACUUCAGCCACCGGUCACCAGAACCAUCAUCACCAGUUAACAACGGGUAUUUCCAACGGGGGCAGCAUCCCCAGCGCGGUACAGAAACAUGGGGUUGCCAACGGCGGCGGUACCACCACCGUAAACAACUCACUGAUGACUCAGGAAGUCACCAAGUCCAUUACUACGACCACCUUGCUGCCAGUUAACGUCGUCAGCUCUUCCCAGGUCGUAGUUUCUACCCAACAUCAGCAGCAGCAGCAGCAGCAGCAGCAACAUCAACCACAUCAACAUCAAGCACAGCAACAUCAACAACACCAACAACACCAACAACACCAACAACACCAACAACAUCAACAACAUCAUCACCAACAGCAGCAGCAGCACCAACACCAACAACAACACCAGACUGUAAGCACCAGCGGGGGGAACAUCAGCAGUGCCGGUAGUGCUUUCCCGAUCAACCAGGUCCAGGUGACGAGCAACCAGCAACAGCCGAGCAACAUCGCCCUGACCAAGGCCCACGAGUCCGUAAAGUUGAUCUACAACCCGGCAGUAGCUGGGCAAGUGGUUACCUCUGGUGUUGUUAAUGUUAAUAAUAAACUAACUUUCCCCGCGCAAACUGUCGGGCAGCUAGCCAACGGGACUCUCGGGGUUUCUUCGCAGGGAACUGUGCUUCAGAGUGCCUCGAAUGUCGUCGUCAGCAAUGUCGGCUCGGUAGUGACUCAAAGUGGACAGCAAACUGUUGUCGGUGGGGUUAAUAAACCUGGGCACCCGGGUACUGCGCUUGUUAUUAAGACUAGUAGUGGUGCACCUGGGGGCAUGGUUUCUGUUCCGAUGUCCGUUCCGGCUUCUGUCGCUGGUAAUGUCGUCACCACGACGUUACAGGCCAAAGCUGGAGGAGUCGCCUCGUCCAUUGUGCCUAGCAAUGUCCAGUUUGUUAAUGUCAAUGCGGUCAGGCCGGGAACUCCCGUGGCUGGUCAGCAACCUGGGAAACAAGUCGCUGCUCCUAGGGUUGUUAUUGGGCCGCAUAUUGUCAAUACUAGACCUGGAGGUCCAGGGAUUACACUGCAAGCUCUUCAUGGAUUGCAACCCGGUACCCAGGGACACCUGAUUGUCAAAACAGAAAAUGGACAGUAUCAACUUUUAAGGGUAGGCCCGGUCCCGGCAACUCCUGGCGGGAAUGCUGUCACUCCUAAUAACAUUGCGGGGAACGCAGUGGUUGCCUCGACUCCUGGAGCAACUGCUUAUCGUCUGACCUCUGUACCGGCUGUAAGUAGGCUGAAUGCUCAGUUCACUGGGCCACCACUCGCCACCAUUCGAAAACCCGUUCAGACGGUAGCUGCGAGCGUAACCACGACGACAGUGACACCAGGAACAGUAGUGAGUUCUACUACGACGGCAACACCCGCAACGACGCCAGCCACGACAACUCCAGUAGCGCCAAUAACACCUCAACAGCGCCAAACCGCAGAUAAUACCAAAGAAAAGUGUCGUAAAUUUUUAGCAAACUUGUUAGAAUUAUCUAGUCGGGAACCUAAAGCAGUGGAACGUAAUGUACGGUCGUUAAUACAAGAGUUAAUUGAUACUAAAGUUGAACCUGAAGAGUUUUGUGAUAGACUCGAGAAAUUAUUAAACGCAUCACCUCAGCCAUGUUUAAUUGGUUUUCUCAAAAAGAGUUUGCCGCUUUUAAGGCAAUCACUUGUUACCAAGGAAUUGGUCAUCGAUGGUAUCAAACCACCACCUCCAAAUGUUGUUUAUUCGAUAGCAUCAUCUCCAAUCAUUACACAAAAUCAAAUAAGGCCAACAGUUGCAAUGUCGACGGUACCAGUAGUAGUGUCCAGUUCACCAGCUCCAUUAAGAGUUAUGGCACCUCCCUCUGUAGUAACAUCAACAGUUGGUCCUCGAGCGCCUCAAGCGAUCUCAUCUAGACUGAUACGACCUAUGACGACAAUAGUUCGCACUCCAGUGGCACAUACUGUGAAAUCAACCGUAGCGCUUACGAAUGUGAGACUGGCUUCGCCAACUGUACAGAAAUCCCCGAUAACUACCAGCACACUUAUUAAAACGAUACCCACUGUUACGCAGGGUAAGACAGUUAACGCCGCCACUACUGUUAAUAAAACCACAGUGCCUUCUCUUGUUACUAAACCACCGAAUAAAGAAAAAGAAAAAAAGACUUUUUCAUCAGCAGGCUACACGGGUGAUGAUGACAUCAACGAUGUCGCGGCGAUGGGAGGUGUAAAUCUCGCUGAAGAGUCUCAGAGAAUUCUUGGAUCUACAGAAUUUGUCGGUACGCAAAUACGGUCUUGUAAGGAUGAAGUUUUCUUACAUGUCUCGCCACUUCAGCAGAGGAUUAAACAAAUUGUUUCGAGUUACGGGCUUGAAGAACCAAAUCAAGAAGUCGCAGCAUUAAUAUCUCAUGCGACUCAAGAAAGGUUAAAGAAUUUAGUUGAAAAACUGGCGGUUAUCGCUGAACAUCGGAUAGAUUUUAUAAAAGUUGACCCUCGGUAUGAAGUAACGCAAGACGUGAGAGCUCAGCUUAAAUUUCUUGAGGAACUCGACAGAGUAGAACGUAGAAGACACGAAGAACAGGAACGUGAGUUGCUGUUGAAGGCCGCGAAAAGCCGCGCGAAAAACGAGGAUCCUGAGCAAGCUAAAUUAAAAGCUAAAGCCAAGGAGAUGCAAAGAGCUGAGAUGGAAGAAUUACGGCAACGUGAAGCGAAUCUUACAGCAUUGCAGGCGAUAGGUCCGCGGAAAAAGCCGAAAUUAGACACUGGUAGUUCGACAAAUAACCCUGGAGGGAGUGCGAGUGUGAAUGCUUCCGCGUCAGGAGGUAACCGACCAAUGCCAAUGAGGCCGCGAGUGAAGAGAGUUAACUUUAGGGACCUUUUGUUCCUCCUCGAGCAAGAAAAGGAGUCGUGUAGAAGCACAACGCUCUAUAAAGCAUACUUGAAGUGAUGUUCUGUAAGGGGUAGGAACGCGAGUGAUUGGCUCGAGCUGGCCUCGACGGUCCUCCUCUGCUAUUUAUGCUGUUACUAUUGCUGCUAUUAUUAUUCUAAUUGUUCAGAUAAUGAUGAUGAUAAUAUCAACAAUAUUGCGUUAUACGUAAAUUGUAUACAUGGGACGUGUACUCGGCUAAUGUUCACUCGGAUCGGCCUGGUAUUUUUUAUAAAUUCCAAAUUCAUUUAUUGAUUAUUGAUAAUCAAAUAUUGAUUAUUAUUAAUUGAUAAAUAAUAAUAGUUAUAAUUUUUAUCGCGGUAGU